GAAACUUUUUUAUUUCAUAUCAGCCUAACAAAAAUAUCUAAAACGAAUAUAAACAGCUUGGUGGAAGCCUGGAAGGCCGUGAGUCCACGACGCCCGCACCCAUAAAAUCCCCGCUCGUUCUUUUUCCUGUUCCAAUUAAGACCACUACUAAAUAUGCUCCUAGGUCCCACGCUUUCCAUCCUUCAAUUCCCUUGUCAAUAAUAAUUCCAGAUAUAUUCUCAGAUUCUCCUCGUCUCUCCCAUUGCCUCCGAUUAUAUUCUCUGCUCCUUUCGUCUUGGGUUUGGAUUUCUUAAAUUGCUCGAUUCUCUGGGCUGCGUGAAGAACCGCCAUGUGUGUGGAGGAUAAGAUCGACAAGGAAGCGGAAGGGAUCGAAAAGUUGGGAUUUUGCGGUGCCGAACUUGAGAAAAAUCAGAUUUUUGCCGGUUCUCCUAUGGAAAAAAUAUCUGAGAAUGCAAUGGCCAUGGACAGCAACAGUAGUCAGAUAAUCGACUUCGUACCCAUCGUUCGAUCAGGGGAAUGGUCUGACAUUGGCAGCCGCAAGAAUAUGGAAGAUACUCAUGUAUGCAUUGCUGAUCUAGCUAAGAAGUUUGGACACCAUUCUCUGGAUAGAGAAGUUGUUUCCUUCUAUGGAGUAUUUGAUGGACAUGGAGGAACAGGUGCGGCUCAUUUUGUUCGUGACAAUUUACCAAGGGUCAUCGUGGAGGAUUCUGAUUUCCCUCUUAAACUCGAAAAGGUAGUUUCAAGGUCAUUUAUGCAAACUGAUACACAAUUUGCAAAGACAUGCUCUGUUCAAUCAACCCUGUCUUCUGGCACAACAGCGCUUACAGCAAUGAUAUUUGGAAGAUCUCUAUUAGUUGCAAAUGCUGGGGACUGUCGGGCAGUGCUUUCACGACUUGGGGUGGCAAUAGAAAUGUCCAAGGAUCAUAGGCCCUGCUGUAUCAAAGAAAGAAAGCGCAUCGAAUCCCUUGGUGGGUAUGUUGAUGAUGGCUACUUAAAUGGUCAGCUCGGUGUGACCCGAGCUCUUGGUGAUUGGCACAUUGAAGGGAUGAAGGAGUCUAGCCAAGCAGGUGGGCCUUUAAGUGCUGAACCAGAGCUAAAGAUGAUCACAUUAACAAAAGAGGAUGAGUUCUUGAUAAUAGGUAGUGAUGGCAUAUGGGAUGUUUUCUCAAACCAAAAUGUGGUGGACUUUGCACGGAGGAGGCUCCAAGAGCACAAUGAUGUCAAGAAGUGCUGCAAGGAAUUGGUGGGGGAGGCCAUAAGGCGAGGUGCUAUGGACAAUCUGACCGUCGUAAUGGUAUGCUUUCAUUUGGAACCUCCAGCUCAAAUCAUGGUGCGUAGAGGUAGAAUACAAAGGACCAUAUCUGCUGAGGCCCUUCAAAGCAUCAAGUGCCUGUUAGAAGAAAAGAAAUGAACAUCAGUAACUACUUACAUUAACUUUUGAUCUUGAGCUUAUUUAAAUUGCUGAGGCUAGUAACUGUACCGAAAAGCUUUCAUGUAGAAAUAAGAGCAGAUACUUUGUUGUUAUCUUUAGCAUAUGAGCAUAUAUCUUGUACUUCUAGCAAGCUUUAGACCUUAAAUUAGCUUGAUAGUAGAAGUGGUCAGCAGAACUUGAUGAUCUUGGUAAAGGGUUUUGUAUGAUUGGGAUGUAUGUAAUACAUGGAAAAUACUGGUUCAGAUAUUAAUCAACUAUUGCAGAGCACCAA